UUCAGUCUUCCUGCAGUGGUUGAGAUGCAGCCCAGGAUAAGAAGAUUCUCAGUGUACAUCUUGCCAGCUUUCUUGCUUGCAUGCUUGGUAUACUUAAAGAGAGACUCCAAGUCAGUUGUGUCUUCAGCAAGCAGAGAACUGCACAAGCCAAAUCAGAAGCAAACCAUCAGGGUUCCUGAACAGGUGGAAUCAAGCAAAUGCUUGCCAGACCUCACUGUUGCCAAUUCCUCCACCUCCCUCCCUGAGGUUCACCGUGUUUUCUUAGCAUACAAACACUGCCGGAACUUCUCCACUUUGCUCAAACCCUCUAGAUGUGACGCAGAGACCUUCCUCCUGUUGGCUAUCAAGUCUGCCUCUGUGAACAUCGACCGCCGUGCGGCCAUCAGGAACACAUGGGGGAAGGAAACCGUCAUUGGUGGCAAACUGGUGAGGCGGCUGUUCCUGCUUGGCCGCUCCGAGGUCAAAGUUCGGUCUCACUCCCUCUACCAGCUUUUGGUCUACGAAAGCCUGGAGUUCGACGACAUCCUCCAGUGGGGUUUUGUGGACAACUUCUUCAACCUGACUCUGAAGGAGCUGCAUUUCCUUCGCUGGGUAGGGGAGGAUUGCCCCCACGCCCGUUUUGUGCUGAAAGGAGACGAUGACGUCUUUGUGAACACAUACAAUAUCGUGGAGUUCCUUAAACAUCAGGACCCCGACAAGGAUCUUUUUGCGGGGGACGUCAUCAGCAAAGCCCGGCCCAUCAGGAACACCAACACCAAGUAUUUCAUCCCAGAGUCAAUGUAUCCAGCCCCCUUCUAUCCAAAGUACGCUGGCGGCGGUGGUUACGUCAUGUCCCGGCUGACAGUGCAACGGCUGCAGGUGACGGUUGAGGACACUGAGUUGUUCCCUAUAGACGACGUCUUUGUUGGGAUGUGCUUGGCCAAAAUGGGGGUAACCCCGACACACCAUCCUGGCUUUAAGACCUUUGGAAUCCAGAGGCCCUUUAAUCCAUUUGAUCCCUGCCUGUACAAAGAACUGAUGAUUAUACACAAACUGAACCCGACGGAGCUCUGGGUCAUGUGGACGUUGCUGAAAGACGACAGCCUCAGAUGUGCCGUGUCAGUAACUCAGAAACUAUAGGAUAAUUUUGAUGUGUCUGGAGCAUUAAAAUAACGGGGCUGAGACUUUGACAGGAGCUGACUUAAGCGGAUGUUAUUAACAGAUACCUUUUUUAAAAAAUGCUGUUUACGGUAGAAUAAUUUUAUUGCACUCAUUCUUUUUUCCUAAAAUUGU